AUGGAUGCCAGUCUGCAGACUGAAAACCCCAAGUCCUGGCUCAUCAACUUCAGGGAUUCUAUGUGGGAUCUCAUCAAGAGCUCCAUACCUCCAGCGGCCAUUUUGGCUUUUCUUAUCACCGCAGCCCUAAUGGGAACUCUGUGCUGCCUCACGUAA